AUGUGCGCUGGAUUGAGGGGUGAUGCUGCUGCUGCUGCUGCUGCUGCUGCUGCUGGUUCCUGGGGCAGUUUCUGGAGGGUCAAUGUCAGUCAGCACUGGGUCGUGUGCAAAGGGGGUGAGAUGGAAGGGGUAUCGGGGGCUGUCAUACCGCUCAGGCUGCUACUAUCAACCGCCACUGUGCUGGACGUGUUGUUCAGCGAUGCGCCGGCCUGUGAGGAGGGCACCGUCACCGUGCGCAGCGUCGUCUCGCUGCAGGUCGAUGAGAAGAACGUCGCGGCAGACGAGCUGCUGCUAGCGGGCGUCGUUUCGGUUGCAGGGACUGGAAUGGUCUCUUCACAUGAGGUUGACGACUCGCUCAUUGGAGCUGACACCGUCUCUUCGCAGCUUGUUGACGUUGCCGCCGGCGCGGACACGGUCUCACUGCAGGAUGUUGACUCGGUAAUCUGGUUGGAUUGUGUGGUCUCAUCUGUGCAAGUGGUAUCUAGGGGCGCGCUUGCUGUGCUGGUCUGGGACUGGGAUGCGGGCGACGAGAUGGUUUCGCCCGAAGUGCAACUUGUCGAGGCUGUUCUGCUUGCCGAGGCCGUUCCACUCGCUCCGCUGCUCGGCGAAGACACCGACGGGCCUGUCGAUUGCGAGGAAACCAUUGAACUGGUUAGGCUGCCUGAAACGGGAGGGCCGUUGGAGUUGCUGGCUAUCGUGGUAGACGCCGAGGAUCCAGGAGUACUUCCGAUGGACCCCGGUGUUGUGACAACCGAAGUGGUCCCCGAGGUGGAAAGGGAUACCUCGACCGGUCUGGUUCCGGUUGGGCCCACGCUUACCACAGUUGAGUUGGGGAGCGGGAAAGGUGCAGGACUCGACAAAGCCGACGAUGGGCCUGGGGAUCCCGUACCCGUAUUGAAUGGCGAGGUAAAGCCACCAGUUCCGCUUCCACCACUACCAGUUGGCAAAGUCCCAGAUCCGGCAAUGGACGAGAUACUCGUCGCGUUCGGGAACGGGAACGGCGCAGAGCCGGAACCCGUAGCAAGACUCGUUGGCGCUGUAGCGCCACCGCUUGUACGAGAGGCCCAGGUGCUCGAAUUCGACAAGGGGAAGGGAGCAGAGGCUGAAGAAGCACCGGGAGGCCAGAUACCUGUGCCAGAGGAUGGAAGCGACCCGCUAGAAGAUCCUGGACCGCCGGUGACUGAACUAGCACUGCCAGUCGGGCCGGCAGUCGGCCCCCCAGCAAGGGAAGAGUUGCUGAUAGGGAAUGGUGGCGUUUGUAUCGACGUUCGCGAGCCUCCAGGCGGCCCUUGGCCCGAUGGAGCUGUUCCUGUUGGCCAGGGCAGUCUUGUCGAGUUGGACAGCGGGAAUGGCGCAGAGAUCGACCCGUUGCUCAGCGGGAACGGUACGCUUGCGAUGCUGCUGCCAGGGGGACCCCCAAUGCCUGUCGACCUGGAGAAACCGCCCGAUGGGCCUGUGCCCCAAGAAGAUGAUGUGAGUGCACCGCCCACUCCCGAUGUGGAAUUGGAGACUGGAAAUGGGACAGUCGAGGUCGUACUGAGAGACGACGAAACCCCGGUGGGGGAUGUAACUCCGGUCCCCGGUGCGGUACCCGAGGGCCAUGACAAGCCUCCGGUUGAGUUGCCGACCGAGAAAGGGGGGGCGGUCACGGACGCUGUGCCGGAUGCAGAACCGCCGCUUGUGCCGGUACCUGUGAUAGACGCAGUUGCAUUGGUCAACGGGAAGGAGGCCGAAGAAGCUGCCGAAGUCCCUGUCAGAGAACCCGUGCCAGGCGGGGCGCUGGUCCCCGACUCAAAUUCGGCGCCUGAAGUUGACCCGAUAGUUCCAGGAACUGUUCCGGAGCCAGAUCCCGUGGCUGUGGUGUUACUGGCCGGGAGCGGUGUCGAAAGAGACGUGCCGGCGCUGGUUCCCGGGCCUGCUCCUCCCUGUGCCGAGGUUGUCGAAGGACUACCGGUAACAGAAUCGGGAAUAGUGUUCACAGGGAUUGUUGGAGUGACCAACAAGGUGGUGGUCAGGUGGACAGUCCUGACGGGGUGCUUGGUGGUGGAAUUCGGGGGGAUGAAGAAGCUGGAGCUUGUGGCCAGUGUGGCAGAUGUGGUGCCCGCAAUUGGAGACGAAGAACCCGAUGUUGCGGCCGAGGUCGACCCAACACCCGACUCACCACCCCAGGUCGAAGUUGAUGAUUCUAAAGCGGAGGACAAAGACGAAGUGGACGAAGAUGACGAGGAUGAAGAGGAAGAGGACGAAGAGGACGAGGAGGAUGUCUGUUGCAUGCGGCUACUGUCUCCCGACUUUGGAGAGGAAGCCUUGCCGAUGGUUUGCCGGAAACUGGACCAGAGACCACCAUGA